AUGAUUGACCAACGCAUUUUCGAGAAUCUUCAGACGAAGAUCGACGAGGAGACCACCGUCCGAGAUGAGCUACAUGAGAUUGUCCAAACACUCGCCAGAAGAGGACGUUCCACACAGGCUAUCCUGUCGCGGGCUCAUUCCACGCCUGCUGAUCAGCUGAAGCCUGUGCUUGACGAUGUCACCAAGGAAAUUCUUGCCCAAAAGCAAGAGGUUGCUCGCCUGAAGGCCGUGGCAGACCAACAUCCCUUCUACAAGUACAAUGGGCUAUGGACCCGUGAGCUGCAAAAUCUGGUCGCCUCUAUUGAGCUUUGCGCAUGGCUAGGAGGACUCCAAGAGCACAAGGGACCUAGCUCAACAUCUUUUAUGACCAUCGAGGAUGUGGGCAAGUUCCUGAACAUUCCUGUCAACCUUAAGGAGCAGGAUGCCUUCCACUUGACGAUUGAGGAGUACUUGCUGGCAGUGAUUGCCAUGGUUGAGGAAUUGGUUCGUUUCCCGAAAUCUCAGAGCUUCCCUGUCUGGCCACAGCUAAUUUCUUCCCAGGCUCGCUUGGCUGUCAACUCAGUCACCCUGGGUGACUACACCCGUCCCAUGCAGAUUGGCAACUUUGUCAAGGAAGUUUUCGCUGGAUUCCAGCUCUUGAACUUGAAGAACGAUAUCCUGCGCAAGCGCAGCGACGGUAUCAAGUACAGCGUCAAGAAGGUCGAGGAUGUGGUCUACGAUCUAUCGCUACGGAACCUAGUCCCCAAGGGUGGUUCCUCUGCUUAA